UUCCCCCACCAGAAAGUAAGAAUUGUAUUAAGUACUCACUACGCUCUUUCUUUCCCUCUAAUUUUGUUGAUGGUGUACGACCUUGAAAACCAACCAGACGGCGGUUAAACCUUUAAUCCCAAACCAAACUCCACCUCUUUCAUUUAUAUAGUUGGCUCAUUAAAAUUAAAAUAUCAUGUUCUUAACUCAUUAUAGAAAGUUACUAAUACAUCAUCAUUUCAUUUUCUUUAAUUUUUGACAUUUUUUGAUCAUCUCACCGGAACAUGAUUCCGACGGAUCGUAUUGCCGGAGAUGAAGAUGGUAAGACGGUAUUGAUUGGAAUUAAAAUGGAUGGUUUAAGUAAAGAAUUACUUACUUGGUCCCUUGUUAAAGUUGCUCAACCUGGUGAUCUUGUCAUUGCUCUACAUGUUCUUUCUCCUAAUGAAAUUUAUGAUCAAGAUGGGAAAUCAUCUCUUUUGUCACUGGUUAAGGCAUUUGAUUCUGUUCUUGGUGUGUAUGAAGGUUUCUGCAAUUUAAAACAGGUUGAUCUUAAGCUGAAGAUCUGUCGUGGUUCAUCAGCUCGGAAAAUUAUAGUCCGAGAAGCAAAUUUAUGUAAUGCAAGUAAAGUUAUAGUAGGUACUGCAGCUAAACACCACACAGUCCGAUCAUCUACUUCAGUUGCCAAAUUUUGUGCCAAGAAAUUACCCAAGGACUGUUCGGUUCUUGCUGUUCGUAAUGGGAAAAUUGUCUUCCAAAGAGAAGCCACUGCAUCUGGAAAAUCUAAGUACUUAAAAGGGGGCAGUGAUUAUCAGCAAAAUGAUAUCUUGGAAGGAAUUCAACGAUCAUCAACAAUCAAUUCAAUACUAAAUGGUGAUGCAGAUAUAGUGGGAUGUGAUCAAGUUACAAAUGGAGUCUUGCAGCGACCGAUCCUCAAAGUUAAAGAAUCGCUUAAAGAAACGACAACAAAAAGAAAUUGUUCCGUUUGUUCUUGUUCUAUGUCUUCGAAUGAUUCAAUUCCGUGCACUAUCAUGACAGGAGAGACGGACAAUUCUAAGGCUUUAGUUCCUUUCCAAGAGUCGGGGGGAUCAUCUAGUUCGGUUUCAUUAUUGGUAAAAGAUAUGCCUGACCCUAGACCGGGUUGGCCACUCCUUAAAUGUACAUUGUUGUCUGAGAGAGAAGACGUUGUAUCAUCGUCCCCAUGUGAGAUCUCCGUUGUCCAAUGGGCAAACUUAUUGCCCACUAGAUCUCAUUUGUCCACUGUUAAAUCAUCUUUAACUGCACAUAAUCACGCAGAGCAAGAAGAUGAUUCUUGUGAUCAAGGUGUUCCUGACAAUGUCAUGAUUCCAGUUAGUGAUACUAUUCUUUCAGAUAAAACCUCUUUGAGCGGAAAUUCGAGAAAUGCUCCUACAGAAUUGGAAGGUCUUCAUGAGAAGUAUUCCUCAACUUGUAGAAUGUUCAAAUACAAAGAACUUCAGUCAGCAACAUCGAACUUCAUGCCUGAAAAUUUGAUUGGCAAAGGAGGUAGUAGUCGGGUUUAUCGAGGUUCUCUUCCUGAUGGCAAGCAAUUGGCCGUAAAGAUCUUAAAGCCUUCCGAAGAUGUACUUCUAGAAUUUGUGAUGGAAAUCGAGAUAAUCACUUCUUUGCAUCACAAGAAUAUAAUCUCCCUCUUCGGAUUCUGUUUUGAGGAUAGUAAUCUUCUUCUCGUUUAUGAUCUUCUAUCGAGAGGAAGCCUAGAAGAGAAUCUUCAUGGUAGUAAAAAAGACCCAGUUGCAUUCGGUUGGAGUGAGAGGUUCAAGGUGGCUUUGGGUGUAGCAGAGGCGCUUUAUUAUCUUCAUAACGACACCAACAAGCCAGUAAUUCACAGAGAUGUGAAGUCAUCCAACAUAUUAUUGUCGGAGGAUUUCGAGCCACGGCUCUCCGACUUUGGAUUUGCUAAACGAGCAUCACCUUCUUCACAUACAACGUGUACAGACGUGGCCGGAACAUUUGGUUACUUGGCGCCUGAAUAUUUCAUGUAUGGUAAAGUGACGGACAAAAUCGAUGUUUACGCAUUUGGAGUUGUGCUUCUCGAGCUUCUCUCAGGAAGAAAACCCAUAAGCAGCGAGUUACCAAAAGGCGAAGAGAGCCUAGUUAUGUGGGCCAAGCCUAUUCUGCAUGGAGGUAAAGUCUCUAAGUUGCUGGACCCUUGCAUGGGGUGUAAUUAUAGCCAAGACCAGAUUGAACGGAUGGUUUUGGCUGCAACCCUUUGCAUCAGACGAGCACCUAGAGCACGGCCACACAUGAGUCUUAUAUUAAAGCUCCUACAAGGAGACACAGAUUCAUUAAAUUGGGCAAGAUUACAAGUCAAUGCAUCAGAAAAUGUCGACAGGCUAGAUGAAGACGGUUUUCCACGAAUCGAUCUCCAUUCUCACCUUAGUUUAGCCUUGCAAGAUGUAGAGGAUGAUUCUCUUUCUAUGAGCAGCAUCGAACAACAUGUUUCGCUUGAAGAGUACCUUGGGGCAGGUGGAGCCGCUCAUCAAGCUUUGACUGAGUCUGAUAUACCGACAUUGGAAAUACAAUUCUUGCUGUAUAUGUUUUUCUUUUUAAUAUCAAAUCAGCAGUUAAAAUCUCACAGACGGCGUGAUGAAGAAUGGUGAAUUCUUCGAAUCUGAAUUUUUUCGUGUUCGUGUCAUCUAGGAUACGAUAUACAGUACGGUAAGUAUAACUGUGAAGCAGAAACUGUUGAUAAAUGGACUGUUAGAGCUGCUAUACUUGGCUGAAUCUUGUAAAUGUACUAGAAGUAUUUGUAAACUGGAAUAUACGACUGUCUACUUGUAUAAUAAAAGUGAAAUAAGUGCAUGUUCUCAAA